AUGAUGAAAAAUUGCUGGGCAAAUCUAUGGCUUAUGAACAAGAAACAAAAACCAAAGCAGAAACCCCAAAAACUGGUGGUGCUACAAAGGCCCACGGAAGAAGGGAUUGAGUCUAGAUACAAGUUAGAUAGAGGAGAUUUUGGACGUACAUACUUUUGGAAAGACAGAAAUUCAGGAGAGGAAGUUGCGUGCAAGUGGAUUUCCAAGAAUGGACUUAAAACAGCGAUUGAUAUUGAAAUGGUCAGAAGAGAGGUUGCUAUCUUGAGUCAUUUGCCUAAACACCCUAACAUCGUUACAUUGAAGGACGUGUUUGAAGACGACGAUCACGUUCAUCUUGUUAUGGAACACUGUGAAGGUGGUAAUCUUUUUGAUCGCAUGGAUGCUAUAGGACAUUUCACCGAUGCUAACCUUUUGGAUCGCAUCAAUGGUGGAGGACAUUUCACCGAAAGCAGAGCUGCUUCUUUCAUUAAUACCAUCGUCCAAGUUGUUCAGAUGUGCCACAAACAUGGUGUGAUGCAUAGGAAUCUAAUACUUGAAAACAUUUUGUUUGCAAAUAAUAAGGGAACAGCGCCCUUAAAAGUUACUGACUUUGCUUUGUCAAUUUUCUUUAAACCAGGUGAAAGAUUUCAUGAGAUAGUUGGUAAUCUAUAUUACAUGGCCCCUGAAUUGUUAAUGAAAAAUUAUGGUCCUGAAGUUGAUAUAUGGAGUGUUGGAGUAAUUCUUUACAUCUUACUUUGUGGUGUCCCCCCGUUUUGGGCAGAAACUAAGCAGCGAGUUUCUCAAGCAAUUAUACGGUCGGUUAUUGACUUUAAAAGAGAUCCAUGGCCAAAGGUUUCUGAUAAUGCAAAAGACCUUGUUAAGAAGAUGCUUGAUCCUGAUUCUAAGCGCCGGCUUACUGCACAGGAAGUGUUAGAUCAUCCAUGGUUUCUGAAUGGUAAGACAGCUUCUAAUGUUUCUUUACGAGUAACCGUCAAUGUACGGCUCAUGCAAUAUUUUGCAAUGAACAAACUUAAGAAAACAGCAUUGAGGGUGAUUGCAGAUCAUUUGUCUGUAGAAGAAGUUGCUGGAAUUAAAGAGGGAUUCCAUGUGAUGGACACAGAAAAUAAUGGCAAAAUUAACAUUGACGAACUUCGAGUAGGGUUGAUUAAGCUAGGCCAACAAAUUCCUGAUGCAGAUGUCCAAAUACUUAUGGAAGCUGGUGAUCUAGACAAAGAUGGGUACCUAGAUUAUGGUGAGUUUGUAGCCAUUUCUAUUCAUCUGAGAAGGAUAUCCCAUGAUGAACACCUACACAGAGCAUUCCAAUUUUUCGACAAAAAUGAAUCUGGGUAUAUUGAACUUGAGGAGUUACGUAAUGCUUUAGCCGACGAGAUUGACAAAAACAGUGAAGAAGUCAUUAGUGCAAUUAUGCAUGAUGUGGACACAGACAAGGAUGGAAAAAUAAGUUAUAAGGAAUUUGCUGCAAUGAUGAAGGCUAGAACUGAUUGGAGAAAAGCAUCAAGGCAGUAUUCGCGAGAGAGGUUUAACAGUAAAAAUUGA